AUGAAAUGUUUGUCUGUUGGCUCUUGUGGACAAGACUUUGCUCUGCUUAUUCUCCUUGACGAAGGUCUUUUUCUUUUACUCUUCCAUAUUGAUGAAGUUGUCAGUUGUCAAAUAACACACCCUCUAAAUGCACAACAGAGACUUUAUGUAGCUAAUCUUUUUCUCCCAUUCAUGAAUAUUUUGAUGAAAAAAAUGAAAUCACAUUCACGUUUACUACUUAAAAGUUACGGAACUUACAUGGAGGGUCGUUUUAUGGAAAGUAAUUGUGUAUUCCAGCAUUGGGUUUUCUCAUCUCCAAUCUUCAAAUUUACUUAUAUAAGAAAAGAAGUAGACCACCAUGCCAAUAAAUUUAAAUACAGGUCAUUUUUUUUGCCACUUUUUGUCAAUCAGAUUGUUUAUGUCACAAUUCAUACAAAGGAACUUCUCCGUCAGUUAGAAUUAAAGAUUUACAAAUCGAAAGGGAUUAAAAUACUUUGCAAAGUAAGUAUAUUAUCUGAGAUCAGGAAUCACUUGACAGGGCACUGGACUGGAAGUUUUGGGUUCUGUUUCCUCACAGAUCGGUCUCCUAAGCUUUUUCCUUCCCAUUAUAAAUUGUUAUUACGGGUAUAUCAAUUACUUAAAAAGACGAUCCAGUCUGGUUGUCCUAAGCUGUCACCGUCAGCUUAUCAAAAAUGA